AUGGAUCGCACGCGCGCGCCGACGAUGCGGGCGCGGCAGGCGGCGACUGCGGACAUGGAGUCUCGCGUCGACUCGGCUGCCGAUGCAUCGAUGAGUGGCGCCGAGAGAGAAAAGCUCCUGCAGCACCCUAGCAGCGCGCCCGGGCGGGCGGCGGACCCGGCGUGGGCGCCGCGCGCCGGGCCGAUUCUCACGCGGCCCGAGCUCGUGGUGCUGGCCAUCGUGACGCUGCUGGCCGCGCUCGUCCGCUUCUACCAUAUUGAGCGGCCGAGCAGUGUUGUGUUUGACGAGGUGCACUUUGGGGGCUAUGCGGCGAAGUACUUGCGGCGCGAGUUCUUCAUGGACGUGCACCCGCCGCUGGCGAAGCUCAUGAUCACGCUGGCCGCGUGGCUGCAUGGUUUCCAUGGAGACUUUGACUUUGGCGAGAUUGGUACGGAGUACCUAACGACGAAGGGCAAGGAGGCCGUGCCGUACGUGGCGAUGCGCUCGGUCGGCGCGUGGUUCGGCACAUGCACGGUGCCGCUGGCAUACCUGACGCUGCGUGGCCUGCGCAUGCGCCCCGCGAGUGCGCUGCUGGGCGCGCUGCUGGUCCUCUUUGACAAUGCGCUGACGACGCAGUCGCGCCUCAUCCUGCUCGACGCGCCGCUCGUGUUCUUCGUGGCUGCGGCGCUGUGUGCGUGGGUGUACUUCGCCCAGCUCGACCAGCGCGCGCCCUUCUCGCGUGCGUGGUGGAUACUGCUCAGCCUCACGGGCGUGUCGCUCGGCCUCGUACUCAGCUGCAAGUGGGUGGGCCUCUUUACCGUGGCCAGCGUGGGCGCCGCCGUGGUGGUGCAGCUGUGGUACCACCUCGGCAACCUGCGUGUGCCGCUGCCCACGCUGGUGCGCCACUUUUGCGCGCGCGCGGUGUGCCUGAUCGUGCUGCCGCUCGUCGUGUAUCUCUCGAUCUUUGCGGUGCACUUUGCGAUCCUCGUGCGUGCCGGCUCAGGCGACUCCUUCAUGAGCUGGCCCUUCCGGCACACGCUGCGGGGCAACGGCAUGAGCGACCAGUUCGCGGACGUGGCGCUUGGCUCGACGGUGCGCCUGCAGCACUACCACACGCUCGGUGGCUACCUGCACUCGCACGACCACCGCUACGAGACGGGCAGCCAGCAGCAGCAGGUGACGCUGUACCCGUUCGCCGACGAGAACAACGAGUGGAUCCUGCUGCGGGCGCCUGUCUCGGAGGCGGAGAGGUUCGAGGUGGGCCCCGACGGGCAUGCGAUCACGCCCGACGACGAGGUGACGCGCUUCUUCCGGAACCUCACGUACGUGAAGCAUGGCGACACGGUGCGCCUGCUGCACAAGAUGACGCAGGUGCGUCUGCACUCGCACGGCGAUCACCGCCCGCCGGUCAGCGAGGCGGACUACCAGCACGAGGUGACCGGCUACGGCUUCCCGCAGAGCAAGUUUGGGGGUGACAUCAACGACAACUGGGUCCUGGAAAUCCACGAGCAGCAGUACGGCGUGCGUGCGCGCGACAAGAAGCGGGUGCUGACGCUGCGCACCAUCUUCCGCCUGAAACACACAGUGGAGCAGUGCUACCUGUUCUCGCACUCGGUCGCGCUGCCCGACUGGGGCUUCGGGCAGCAGGAGGUGACGUGCAACAGCAGUCCCACGCUGCCCAACUCGCUGUGGUACAUCGAGACGAAUGCGCAUCCCCUGCUGACGGAGCACGCGCCCAAGGUGAACUACGUGCUGCCGGGCUUCCUCGCCAAGUUCCUCGAGCUGCACAAGGCCAUGUGGACGGUGAACCGCGGCCUGACGGCGCACCAUGUGUACGAGUCGCGCCCCCAGACGUGGCCGAUCCUCCGCCGCGGUAUCAACUUCUGGACCAAGCACCACCGCCAGAUCUACCUGAUCGGCAACCCGGCGGUGUGGUGGAGCGCCACGGCGGCGGUGGCGCUGUACGCAGUGGCGCGCGUCGUGCUUAUGCUGCGUGCGCAGCGGGGCUACAGCGACUUUACGCACAGCACGGUCGUGCAGUACGACCGCGCGUGUGGCUUCCUGGCCGCUGCGUACGCGCUGCACUUUUUCCCCUUCUUCCUCAUGAAGCGCCAGCUGUUCCUGCACCACUACCUGCCCGCGCUCUACAUCAGCGUGCUCCUGCUCGCCGUCGUGUUUGAUCUCGGCACGAGCCGUGUGCGCCCGAUGGUCCGGCUGUAUGCGGCGCUGCUCCUCGGUGCGAUCGCCGGUUUGGUCUUCUGGCGGUACGCGCCGCUCUCGUAUGCGUCGCGGUGGACGAACGACCAGUGUGGCGAUGCGAUCCUCACGCGCCACUGGGACUUUAACUGCAUCGACUUUCCCGUGGAUAAGGCCGAGUACACGACGUACGCGCACGUCGUGAACCGCCCCGGCGACAAGCAGCCGCGCGACGACGACGUGUGGCCGUUCUCGCUGCCGUCGCUCCCCGACGUGCUGCACCGCAAGGUGAUCCCGGACCUGCACCGCGCGCAGUCGACGGACGAGGCCGCGCGCCAGUCGCAGGCGGACAUGGCGCGCAACCGCACAACGGAGGCGGUGCCGAACGUGAGUGGCAUGGACCAGGCGCAGCGGCAGCAGGCCGUGCUCCAAGGGACCAGCGCGCUGCGCAAGGCAGACACAACGUCGACGAGCAGCACGCCGCCGGGCGCAUAA